UUGGGAAAGGAUCAAGUAAAAUUUGUUGAAAAUUUUUACUGCACAAUUCUAUCCGUUGGAAAUACGAAAUUUGAAGAUCUGGAAAACUUAUUCAAUUUUAUCGGCAGUAAUUCUAGGAAACCAUUGAUCAAUAUUGAUUCGUCUGUAAACACAGUUGAAUUUAAGACGCUUGACAAAUUCAAUACUGGAGUUUGCAUGUUUUACAGAAUUAAUGGCCAGAGAAGUGAAGUUGAUUUCAAGGACCACGAAGAGUUAGAGACGGUCCCUACCAAUUCUGAGGUAAGCGUCUAUGAUUACAAUACCGCUAUUGGUAGACUGAUCCAACAGAUUGCCCAUGAAAGAUUUUUCCAUGAGCUUCGUACAACCGAGGAGCUGGGAUAUGUUGUAUACUGUGCUGUAAAACAUAUUCUCUCAUCUGAAUAUUUGGUGUUUGUUGUUCAGAGUGAAAAGUCUAUUGAUUUUCUUGAGCAAAGAAUUCUUAAGUUUGUGAUUGACCUGAAGACCCAUAUUUCUGAAAUGGACAGCGAAGAAUUUGAAAGCCACAAAGAGAGUCUUAUUGGGUUUUAUGAGGAGCCGAUUGUCAAUCUCGAAGACUUGAGUACAGCAAUUACCAAUCAGCUAACUAAGGGAAAUAUUGAUCUGAAUUAUGACAGAAAGAUGGUUGAGAUAGUCAAAAAAUUGACAAAGCAGAACAUUGGUGACUCAGAUAUUCUUAACGAGUAUGUAAGAGUCAAUUCGAUCAAACACCAGUAA